AAUGCUACCCACCUUACCUUUACGCAUCUUAAUGAAAGCGGCGGACAUUUUGAGAAGGAGGCUUUAUUUUCGUUUCAGAAAAAAUAAUGCCAAAAAAAUGAAAAAAUAAGCGCGUUUCGGUACGAUGUGAAUGGCGUGCGAUAUUUACACGAAAAGCGGAACGAAACGGUAAUACGGUGCAUAUUGCAGGUGCGGGAAACAUUCUGUGAUAAACGAACGCGCAACCUCGGAAGAAAAGCCAUCCAAGCCCUCACGCCUGGAUAUCCUUGAACAGUACGCUACGCAAGCAGAGUGGUGUGAAGAAUCUGGUGCGCUUUUGUCCUGGUUCGUCCUGUCUGCCGACAAAUUUAGAAGGUGCAUUACAGCAGAUUUCGAAUGUACCCGGCGGAUACGCACUGUGUGCGCGACGAUGAAAGAUGCACAGUAGAGGUGCUUCGUAUCAAGCAAAGAAGAAACACUAAACAUAACAGUCGAGGCGCACAAGCCAACCGAACCCGCCAAUAGCUGUAUAGCACCGGGGAAGCUCUCUUCCAACCACCAAUCCGUAACGAUGGAUCCUGUCGGGCCAUGGUCGUACUCGUACAAUCGAAUACCGGGGACAGCGAGUGGGGAGUUCCACCAUCAUCUAGCGACGGCCGCUGCAGCGGCCAGCGGGACGGCCGGUUUGACCGUGCAUCAUAAUGCGGCCGGCACCUCGGUCGGUAUACCGUCGACCACGCCGCAGCUACUGCUGCAAACCGCACACACAACCUCCCUCGGAACCACGAGUGGUCCGUUUAAUCCACCCGGGUUUCUAUCGCCAGCCGGUGUGGCCGGUUACGAUGCCGUCUUUACACCACUGUUCCAUCAUGCCGCGACUGCGGGUAAUCCCAAGCCCGCUCACUACAGCACAACAAGCAGCGGCAGUGUUGCGGCCGGUAACGGUAGUGCAAUCAAUACGCAACACCGGCAGGUACUGAUACAGGCACAAACGCCUGGCGCUGCUAUUGCAGCAGCGGCGGCAGCCGCAUCUGCUGCAGUUGCCGGCAAGCAGCAUACGGAUAGUCUCCGUGAGAACUACGCAACAACGACGGCGGCAGCAGCGGUAGCCGCACAGCAUCAGCAAAAUUUCCUAACGUUCAUCGGCCAACAGGCUGCCGCGUCGCACAACAAUGGACCAAGCGGUACGGCCGGUAGUGCCAGCAACACGUGGCAAAGCAACAACAACCAAUUGCCGAGCCCGUUCGGUAUAAUGCCGCACGAGAACGUACUACCGACGAGUCCAUCGUCCAACAGUAAUCCAAUAAGCGCCACUAGUGCACCGACCAAGUAUGAAAACUUCGGCACGCACUACAACAACACGCUGCAUCACACGCAACAGCAGUCGCAGCAACAGUCGCAACAGCAGACGCAACAACAGCUGCAGCAACAGCAACAGUUGGCUACUCUGGUGGGGAAGAUUGCGGCAGCCACUACAACCCCGGUGGCAGCACGUUCCUCCUCGCCGGUGGUAAACGUAGUGACAAAACCCGUCGGACAACCACCACCCAGUAAUCCUACGGGCGGAUAUUUCCCUUCGCACCCUAGCAGCAGCAACAGCAGCAGUACGUACGAAUCUCCGCACCCGUCAAGCGGUUCAACAACAGCCUAUCAAGGUGUCGUCGGUGCUGCUACAAGUAAGUCUUGUCCUCCACCGGGCGACGGUGUCGUUGGUCGCGAUUCGUCUUCGCUCCUGGCAACCUCCGCCGGAGGUACGGGAACAGUGUCUGCCCGUUUAGCGGAGUACAACAAGUUCGCCUCGGGUGUUUCCUCUCCCUUACCCCCAUCUUCAUCAUCUACCCUUCUUGUGAGCGGUAACGAAUCCAGUGUGCUUUAUUCUUCGUCUCGCACCUCAUCGUCUGACGCUAGUCUUAAGCAGCAGCAGCACCAGCAGCAACUGUUUCAGCAUCACCCAUUGAAUCAUUUUACAAUGCCACGCUCGACGACGGAUCACUCGCCGCCGACGAUACUGCAAUUUGGCGGGAACAAAGUUCGACCACCGGCGAUCAGUUCGCCAUCGUACGGUGGUGCAGGGAAAGCGUCCUCACAGGUGAUUCUUAGCCAGCAGCCACAAUCGUCACCGAUCAGCUACUCGAUGACGGACAGCAAUCUUCAGCAACAGUCGAAAAUAGCCCGGCUCAAUGGAACGGGACCGUCUAGCAGUAAUGGUAGUAGUAAUAGCAGUAAUAGUAGUAGUGGUAGUAGUAGUAGUACGAACAGUAGCAAUAGUACGAACCCUAGCAAUACAAACGCGCAGUCUCAGCAACAACAAUACCAGCAGAACAGAACCAGUGCCUCACAUAACUAUAGGUCCUCCUCUUCCACUUCCACGGUGCCAGGUAGCUAUGGAGUUUUGCAAUUAGGGGAAUCGACCGGUAGCGCUGGAGGAGUCGAUGGCGCUCAACAACAGCAGCAACAGCAGCAGCAGCAGCAAUCAUACCACCAUCCUCAUGUGCAUCAUCACGCACCUUAUCACAUGCUGGCGAUGGCUGCGGCUGCUGCUGCCGCUGCCGCUGCUGCUGCUUCGAGUGUGAACGCCGCUACCAUUUCCACCAUUAGCUCGUCGUCGCUUUCUCGCGUCCCAUCCUCCUCACCGGCCGCCGGUUCCACUUCGUCCACCUCGUCCGGUGUUUCUUCCGACUAUUCGUCACCGUCAUCAUGCAAUAGUAAUCCACCCCGUAAGGGUUCGCCCACCACACAGGCAGGGUACAAUACAAUCUACGGUAGCGGGACCAGUGUGCAACAGCAGCAACAAUACCAACAGCAGCAGCAGCAUCAGCCGUCCUUUGUCCUUGAUCAUUCGAAAGCUGGUGUAUCGCAUGGUCAGCAUCAGCAGCAAAUAGCUUAUCCUUCGGUCAUUACACGAGCGCAGCAGCAACCACUACCAAUGUCACAUCAGAAUGUGAUUCAACCGCAGUCACAGCUACUAGAAAGUCAGUGGGACUCAUCCACGGAAAGCAAACACGAUCCAAUGGUGAUGGUAAAGAAUCUUCAACGUCCUAUGCUAGAGGAAACUGUGAAAGAACCCGCUAAACCUACGAAAGGUGGUCGCAGUAGUGGAAGUAAUACUGCAACCAAAUCGAGACGGAAAAAGAUGGAAGGAUCUUCCACGCCCGGUAAAGUAAGUUCGAAAGCAAAUGGGAUGGAACAACAGCGGGAAGUAGAACCUUCAUCACAGGAUGAGCAUAGUCGUAACGAUCGCAUCACGAUCAAGUCGGAACACGAACCUGGCGAAGGAGGUCUAGAGCAGCGAUGGCACUAUGGCGCAUCGAACGGUAUUGUGGCAUCGCAGCCGGUUGGGUUUUCGGUUCCUACCAGUUCGCCUUCCUCCACGUCGGCCUCGUCCGCAUCGUUCUUUCCAACCUCUCCCCAUUCUCAUCCGCAGCACCAUCACCAUCCUUACCCGUACCAUCAUCCUUCGCUUCACCAUCUUCACCAGCAUCAGCUUACGGGUGGCAGUAGUGGGACAUCGUUAACUUCACCCACACCCAGUGCUGUCGGUCACAGUCCCUCUGUGCCGGGUAGUAGCGUUAUUUCUCAAUCCGAGGGUAGUGUGUCUCCGUCUGUCUCUUCUUAUACCACUCUUCUGAACGUAUCGCAAACCGUGGGACACGAACUGGCUGGUGCCGGGUCUACAAGGAGCGAAGACGAACGGUCCCGCCGUUGGGCGGCGUUACAGUCGCAAGCGCAGGAAAAAGUAGUCGUGCCCAAUAUAGAGGAAGAACUUGGCUUUCUUGCAGAACAUAAUGGUAGCGGUAGCAGUAGCAGUCCACGUACGGCUCAUCCGUCGAAUAAAGGGACAGGUGAGACGGACCUCAGCAAUGACCAGGAGGACCGGGUGGCACCGAAAAAGUUAAACGUUCCCGAUAACAUGAACAAAGGCUUUAUGGCGAGCUAUCUGAAGUUUCUGCAGGGCGAACGGGAAGGUUCACCACCGCCGGUGAUGCGAGCCGGUCGGAAAGCGACCUGGUCCAGACCCGUCACAACACCAGCGUCCGUACCGUCAAGCAGUAAGAACACUACAACACCGCCGAACCCAACGAGUGUCUCGCCUAGGAGCAACAGUAUCGCUACCACUGGCAGCAAAGCGCACGAUGUUAGUAACGGUAUCCCUGAGAUAGAAAGUGAGAAUCAAUCUGCUAAUUACAGUAUUACCGCUCUGCAGACUCCUAAAUCGGUGCCAUCUCAGCAGCAGCAGCAGCAGCAGUCGAACACAAAUCGGAAGCGAAAGUACAACACGCCCUCACCGGCUGGUGGAAGCAAUCACGAAGGUAAUGCACCGGUAUCAUUUGAACCGGUUACGGCACAACACAACCCGGUGCAAGAGACCGUUGGACAGCAAGAGUUCGCAAACGAUGCGAACAACAAAAAGCACACGAGCAGUGUCCAACCGGAACCACCACCGAGUACCGUUAUUAGUAUACCGAAAAAGGCGCGCUACCUUCAGCAACAACAUCUGCAGCAACAGACUAUUGUUGCUGCUGCAUCGGCGGGAGAUCCUUCCGGCCUUGCUGUGGUGUCUGCGUCACCGACGGAAAGCGUUCUAAUGGUUGCGUCCCCUACGGGUGGUACACAGCACCAGCAGCAACAGCACAUUCUACCGUCCACAAGCGUUGGGAUUUUAUCCUUAUCCGGACAUCAACCACUAACGCAGCAACAACAACAGCUGCAACAGCAGCAGCAACACGCACUAAUGCAACAAACGUACUAUCAUCAUCAUCCUCAUCAAGCUCAGCAGCAGCAACAGCAGCAUCUGCAACAGCAACAGCAGCAGCAACAGCAGCUGCAACACCACAAUGCACACUUGCAGCAACAUUUGCAUCAACCGCAUCAACAGUCAGAAGAGGCAGCUGCCUUCAAUCUGUACGAUUUCCAUAUGCGAAGGCAACGGUGCCACGAACAAAAUUGGAAAGGCCAUCCCGUGAACAUCCCGUUUUCCCUGAACCGUGUUCCAAUCCUUACGCGUGUUGCUACUUCUGUUACGUUCGAUCCGAACAAGAGCUCCCAAAAUGCUUGCCGACCCGACGAUCCACUGAUUGUUCCACAACGGCGCGAAAUGUCUAACCGGAAGGCAAAGGCGAAAGCGGUACAGCUGCAGCAGGAAAUAAUUGCCGAAAACAGUCGCACCAGCACACAAGCGUCGGGUUUACGCGCGAUGGAUGAUAUAGAGGAACCGGCCGAGUUUGCAAAUGAUUCCGAUUCCGAUCCGGCGUGGACACCGGAAUGCAAUAAGGACGAUGAAGACGAUGAGGAACGAUCAAGCAGCAGAAGGAAAUCGAAAAAGUCAGCAACAAACAAACAGCAGCAGGCACGUUCGAACAUUCUUUCAGUUGCGGUUGCAGGUGCUGGAAUAGCCGAUUUCGAAUACGGCAGUGGGGAUGAUGAAGGCAGUGCGAGAGGACACGCACAAACAGUAGAACAGAACGCAACCACAUCUCAGACACAGUUGCAUCCAAUUCCACAAACGGCUGUAUUGCAUUCUCAAGCACAACAAAGACCGCUAAACGAACAACAUCAACAACAGCAAAUGGGAAUGUACUCACAGCAGCAACAACAACAACAACCGGCCCAAACAUCACAGUAUAAUAUUCAUCAGCAAUCGUACAACACAACCGGAAGCAACAUCGUUAGCAAUACGAUCACCCAAGCCAGUAAUCAUUCAAACAACAAUUCCAAUUUUCAGGUGGGAGAUUUCGUUGCAGAACGAAGCGAUCUAGCACAAGACUAUCCACCAAUAUGGCGGGUUGAUGGAAAAAUGUUACUUCAAAAAUACGAACCGUUCGACGAUCAGAGUGGAAAAAUCCUUUACCGGCUCGUUACGACGUACUCCGCAUUGAAUGAAGAGUCGAAAAAGAAAUACGUCCGUAUACCGGUUCACUUCCGGGUCCACAACCAGAUGGAAUCGAUCGUGGAGUUUCGGCGCAGCGAGAUGUCUGCUGGUGCGCUUCGCGAGGAUAGCAUUACGCCGUCCAACAACCAAACACAGCUGCUAGAGCAAUCAAUGGACGAAACGAAAGCGUACCAGGAUGUGUUCGAAGUGUACAUACAAACACUAAUCUCGCAAGCGCUGGAUCCGAACUUUUUGAAGGAAAUAUUCCAGGAACAAGAUGAGUACUUCCUGUCGCGAGUGAAAUCGAUCGAUAGCCUAACGGAAGAUCGGAGACGACGCCUGGCCCAGAUAACACCGUGGCCGCGCAACAUUCUUAACUCGCUAGCCAUUUUCCCUGCGUACGAUAUCGUGACCGAGCUGGGACAUGUGUCGCACAGUGCCAUGCACCAGCAGUGCUGUGUUGCCUGCCAUCAGCCCGGCAUCGGGGUGCGUAUCGUGCUGCAAGGGCAACCAUACAACGCAGCGACACUUGCAUCGACGGCCGGUUCACCGGCGGCCCAACAGUAUGACAAAAGUUUCCAACUGUGCACCGGCUGUUCGGGCCGGUUCGAGCUGUUGCACAAAAUAUUCCACCAAAAGUACAUGAUGUUUGUGGAGUGUGCCAAACGCGUUAAUCAGCAGAUUACGAACGAUUCGAGCAAAGCGGCUACCGUUAUCCUGAACGAACUGCUCGCCGACGAACAGUGGCUUUCGAUGCUUUUCAAAGAAGUGCGCAGCGUUUGGGCUGAGAUAGAAUAUUUGGAGCGGCAAUAUCGUAACCAGGUUGGUUCCCAGUAGGACGAUGGUGAGUGUCCAAUUUUGUUUUAUUAAGUUGUGUAUGGACAAGAAACGAUGUUCAAAGUUGCUAUUACUACAUUACUACUUAUCGUGCGCGCCAUAACUUCUGUGAGAGUUUAAUGCUCUCGGUCGAAUUUACUUUUGCCCCACUUCAAGACAUUUCAAACUACCAAGAUUUGUCCUUAAAGGAUAAAGACAGCAGCCGUGGGCUUAUUAACUUUCAAUCGUCCACAAUGGUGAACAAAUUUUCUAUACAUUUUUUUUUAUUUCGUUGCAUUGUUAAGCAUUUAAACGUUUCCUUUUUUAUGUUUAUUCUUUCUAUUAUGCUUCUUUUGACUAGAUUUUUUGUAAGUUUCUAUAAUUUUUUUUUAUAUUACCUUCAUCCUUCAAAUGCAACUGUAGUCGUAACGUGAUUUAAAUUUUGGCAAACACGCUGUGUACAAUUAACGAGAAACUCCUGUAAAGUGUAUGACAAACUUAAAAUAUAAAAAUAACAUUUUUAUCAUACUUA